GGCAGAGGUAGAGCGAUAUGUAUGAAAUGUACCAGAGAAAAAGUGAUCUUAGAAGAGAGAUCCAGAUUCUGGGAAAUGUAGCAAAAGAGGUAGGAGGAAGAGAUAUUUAGUCAACGGAGGAAAAACAGAGGAGACAGGAAAAGGAGAAGACUUAAAAAAUACACACGGAAGAAAAUACAAAAAAUAUAAAUAGGCAAGUAGCAGUGACUUACAGAUUGGGGAAAAGAGAAGGUGAAAUCGACUGCAAGAAAAAAAAAAGCCAGAAAUUAUGAGAAGACAAGAAGGUGAUCUAUAAAGAAAAAAAAGGAAAACGAAAAGAAAAAAGCUAAUUGUAGAGGAGAUAAAAGACUACUGACCUCUCAGGAUUGUGGCGUGUACCUUCCCCUUAUCCCAUCCUAUCCAGCCCUCCCCCCCCUCCCCCCCCAUACCCCAGCUUCCAGUUUUAUAUCCAUCCUGUGUCUAUUCCACCUGCACUAUUCCAAACCUGUGUCCACAGCCAAAAGCCUCGUCUCCUCUAUUCCCUCGGUUUAACCCUUCCUACGUCCCCCAGCCGGACCCUGCUGGUUGGAUCUUUUGGUUCAUGGGUUAACAAGAGUCUCGUACCUGUGAGGAACACGGACACCUUCUGACUUUUGGAUUUUUCUAUUCUGUAUAUCAGAGCAAUUACUUAAUCACUUAAUGACAGGAUGCUGCUGGCCGGGGCUCUAUCACUGCUGUUGGUGCAGAUGACUGCGGUGAAGAUGAGUUCGGCCCUCACUAACCAGGACCAAUGUGAGAAUCUCCAACACAGUACAAAUAUUACAGGUGUUGUGUGCAACGUAUCCAUUGACAUUAUUGGGACAUGUUGGCCUCGAUCUCCAGCUGGACAAGUAGUGGCCCGACCCUGCCCUGAAUAUUUCCAGGGGGUUCAAUAUAAUACAACAGGUAAUGUCUACAGAGAGUGUCAUUUAAAUGGAAGCUGGGCAGGAAGAGGAGAUUACACCCAAUGUCAGGAAAUCCUGAAGCAGGAGAAGAAAAGUAAAGUGCAUUAUCAUAUCGCAAUCGUGAUUAAUUUCCUGGGCCACUCCAUCUCCUUGUGCGCGCUACUGGUGGCAUUUAUUCUAUUUUUGAGAUUGAGGAGUAUACGAUGUCUUCGAAAUAUAAUCCACUGGAACCUUAUUACUGCGUUUAUUCUUCGUAAUGUCACCUGGUUUGUGAUGCAACUUACACUGAGCCACGAAGCCCAUGACAGCAAUGUGGUUUGGUGUCGUCUGGUAACCAUCGCUCACAAUUAUUUCUACGUCACCAACUUCUUCUGGAUGUUCGGAGAAGGGUGUUACUUACAUACAGCCAUUGUUCUGACUUACUCCACUGACAAACUGCGCAAGUGGAUGUUCAUUUGUAUUGGCUGGUGUAUUCCAUUCCCCAUCAUCGUGACUUGGGCCAUUGGCAAACUUUACUACGACAAUGAAAAAUGCUGGUUUGGUAAAAAGGCUGGAGUAUACACUGACUUCAUCUACCAGGGUCCUGUCAUCCUUGUACUGCUGAUAAAUUUUAUAUUUUUAUUUAACAUCGUGCGGAUUCUGAUGACAAAACUCCGAGCCUCAACCUCUUCAGAGACCAUCCAGUACAGGAAGGCAGUUAAAGCUACAUUAGUUCUCUUACCUCUCCUGGGCAUCACCUACAUGCUUUUCUUUGUCACUCCUGGAGAAGAUGAAGUCUCCCGCAUUGUGUUCAUCUAUUUCAACUCCUUUCUUCAGUCAUUCCAGGGGUUCUUUGUGUCCGUUUUUUACUGUUUCCUAAAUAGUGAGGUUCGCUCCGCGGUGAGGAAACGCUGGCACCGCUGGCAGGAUAAGCACUCUAUACGCGCUCGUGUUGCCAGAGCAAUGUCCAUUCCCACUUCACCCACUCGAGUCAGCUUCCACAGCAUCAAGCAAUCUUCUGCCAUCUGACUUGUAUACUCAAAUGUGUUCUCCCACACAGCCUGCUUCUCUUAAGCUUUCCAAAACCCGUGUAGAAGUCUCCCUUGUUCCCCUUGGACAUAUCUAAAUUUGGAAAGAGAGGAGACAUCUCGUGCCUCCAACAAGACUGAUCAUGACAAUCAAUUCAAUGCUGGAAGGAACCAGCAACGAUACAAAGUAUCUCUUUCGCGUCAAGUGCAAUAUGGGUAAUGUCGAGCACUAGUGCGUAUGCACAGAGACAGGUCGCCAUUCACAAGUGCAGAAAAAAGUAAUAGUUGAAACACUGUACACAGCACAAAACAUACACUGAUAUAUCACCAGCCAGAAGCAAACGAUCUCUGAAAAUCCUGCCUACUGCUGUUACCGCCAACUGUCCAUAGUUCCGUGCCUGGCAAUCAAAGCGACUACACGUUGACCCAACCACUGAUAAAACUAGACUACUGAUGGCCUUCAAUAAUUCUUCACCGAGCAUAAUUUUAUACACUGAUGAGCACAACACAUAAAGCUAUUGUGUAAUGCGUACAAGGACUACCUUGAUGCAGUAUGGGCACUCAUUUAAACGCAAGGCAUGGGUUUAGCAUACGAAACACAGAUUAAAUGUGCCCUGGGGACCAAUGGCGGAUUUUCAGAAGGCUAAAAUGACAACUAAACAUCA